UGUAACCUCCCUUUCGUUUGCCACAUUUCCAACAUCAUACUUCACUUUGCCAUGUUCAAAGGCAUUCUUCCGACCAAGAGGAUAUCCUCCUCAGACUUUACCAUGGUCACUUCUUUGGCUGACGUCCCCCCAAAUGGCAAGGAGAACCAGCCUGGUGGUCAACCACAGCUGGCCACGGUCACGAAAAUUGCACGGCCAGCUACUGCAACGAAAGGUUUCCAACAACCUCACGAAAAGAAGAAGAAAACAGAAUCCAAAGUGAAUGUCCAACCGUCAGGAACUGUCGGUCCUGAGACUAAUAUUGCCUUUGAUCGACUACUGGAUGACCUCCAAAUACCAUCUACUCUCCGUCCAAAGCUUGCAGGUAUGGAUUCUACGGUCAAGGCUGCUAUGCUGAAGUCGUCACACGUGUUGGCCCUCAAACCGAGCCAAGUCGAUGACGAAUUACCGGCUACUCCACGAUCAACAGCCCUUCGGCGAACGAGGAGCACAGAGUCGCUUGGAUCCCCUCUACUAUCGUCAGCAUGUCUAGAUGACGACGUUUUGCGGCCACCCGUACUUCCAUUUGCCUCUCCAGUACGGAUAUCAUCGCAUCACGCCUCUUCUGUAGGAGUGUCCCCUUCGCCUCGAAAGCCCAGUGGUCAUAUCCGGGGUUUGUCCUACAACGGUUUAGCUUCUCGAAGCCAGGUCAACCUUCCGUCCUCUGGCUCAGUAAUCGACUUGACGGGCGGGGGCAAGACUGUAAAAGACAAAUAUUCCACCAUUGGAAAGAACUUGGCCCCCACUAAGCUCAUCAGUAUCUUGACGAGUACUUCAAGCACGGAGUUAGAUGUGGAGUUAAUUAAGAAACUGCGACUGCUGCUUCGGAACGAAUCAGCAAGUUGGUCACAGGAAUUUCUGCGAAUGGGUGGUUAUUCCGCUCUGUUGACGCGUUUAAAUGAAAUUCUAGAGGUCGAAUGGAGGGAAGAGCAGCACGAUGACCAGUUAUUGCACGAGCUGCUUCGAUGCUUCAAGGCGCUCUCUACAUCCUCAAUUGGAUGCUUUGCAUUGCGAAGCUCUUGUCCCACGCCAUUCGUCCAACUUGUGGCCUUAUUGUACUCGGACAAGAAGCCUGGCGACGUCGCGACUCGGCAACUCAUCGUUGACCUCAUUCUCAUUCUUUUUGAAUUGUAUCCGGCAUCCUCUUUACCCGCUCAUGGUAACAUGUUGACUAAUCCCCGACGGGAAGUUUGGGAGAGCGACCCCGAAAUGGCCACGUCCAGUAAUCUCAUAACGCUCCCGGCUCCCCAUAAAACAUUCUUUUCCCUGAUCAGAGCGUUACUGCUGACGCCAGCUCCACCUCCGACAGAAUCCCCAGCUUCCCCCGUAUCACCACACGCAUUCAUCGAGUCUCUACACAAGUCUAGGAUAUAUAAGUCCUAUCUGCAAGAACUCUCAGAUGUCUGCCGCGACUACUUUUGGGUGUUCUGUCAUCCAAACAAUACCAUUUGGGUCUUGUCAGAGACAGACGAAGGUCGAGUGGAGAAACCGAGAGCCCCGGGAGGAAUGACUGGGGGUGUCGAAUUUGAGGCCAUGGGUUAUUUUACAACACACUUGCGGUUGAUCAAUGCCCUAGCACAAGCUGCAGCUGACCUUAAAAUGCCCAAAGAACAUGACUUGUCGGCGUUUCGUCUUCAUUCUGAUUUAUUUUUGUCGGGUUUGGAGCGCAUGAUACUAAUCUCGCGAAAGGCCUCCACUACUUAUUACCCCACACUCCAUUUAGAACUUGCCCGGUAUGUAGCCCACGUGGGCAACGCAGGUUAUGAACUUCCUUGGACCAUAUCUCGUCUUCUUGGCCCUCCACCUCCUGCAUUAUGCAACACCAAAAGUAUCAUUGCUGGUUCUCCGCCACAUUCUCCAACGAAACGCACUAGUCGGGGACCGCCUGCUGGUUUUCUGUCUGCAAGGCUGGAUCUCAAGUAGAUGAUGCCGAGGUACCAAUUGUACUGUAUAUCUAGUAUUUAGAUUCAUUGCUUUCUUUUCUGCCUUCUAUCAACAUCUAUGACUUAGUUAUAUUUACUGCAAGUGCAUGUCCAGAUCUUUUCUUUGCAAAGACACAUGCCAUUUGCAUUGUAAAAAUAUCUUUAGUCUGAGAGAAAUUACAAUCAAACUACAGGAAAAGAAUAAAAAGGAUGUAGUGCACCCGCGCAA